AUGGCGGUUCCUCGAGGCGCCCAGAUCGCAGCACGACUGCUCAGUCGGGGCUCGAAGCCGUUGAACUCCAAUGCUGCUGCCACCCUAAAAAGCCCCGUAGGAGGCACAAGAUGGCAGAUCAGAAAUGCAGCCUCCUUGCACACGAGAGCGCCUCGCCGUGCUCAAGCAGCCUCCGCAGUGCGAGACGAAGAGAACUAUGAGCCUCCGGUGUCGUCGAACCCAGCCAUGUCCUUUCCGUGCUUGGACGCCCAGGAGCAAAAGACGGCUGCGCUGCAGACCCGGUCGCUUGCCUCGGGCCCAGAACCGUCCUACACUACGGGAAGCCACAUGGUCUUCCACAGCGACGAGCCCAUAUUACUCGACUGGGGCGGGAUACUGCCAGAGUUUGACAUUGCCCAUGAAACCUGGGGGACGUUGAAUGCAGACAAGAGCAACGCCAUAUUACUACAUACCGGUCUGUCGGCCUCCAGUCACGCACACAGCACCGAGGCAAAUCCCAAGCCCGGCUGGUGGGAGAAAUUCAUCGGGCCCGGAGCGCCGUUGGACACGGACAAAUUCUUCGUCAUCUGCACGAAUGUGGUGGGUGGGUGCUACGGGUCGACGGGUCCUUCGUCGACAGACCCGUCGGACGGACAGAGAUACGCGACCAGAUUCCCCAUUUUGACCAUGGACGAUAUGGUCCGCGCGCAGGCCCGACUUCUCGACGGCCUCGGGAUCACGAAAUUGUACGCCAGCGUCGGCGCGAGCAUGGGUGGGAUGCAAAGCCUGGCGUUUGGCGUGCACUUUCCCGACCGGGUGGGCAAAAUCGUCAGCAUUUCCGGCUGUGCGCGCAGUCAUCCGUACAGCAUCGCGAUGCGCCACACCCAGCGACAGGUCCUGAUGAUGGACCCGAACUGGAAUCGCGGCUUCUACUACGACGGCAUCCCGCCCCACUCCGGGAUGAAGCUCGCGCGCGAAAUCGCCACCGUGACAUACCGCAGCGGUCCGGAGUGGGAGAACCGCUUCGGGCGACAGAGGGCGGAUCCCAGCAAGCCGCCCGCCCUGUGUCCCGACUUCCUCAUCGAGACGUACCUCGACCACGCGGGCGAGAAGUUCUCGCUCGAAUACGACCCGAACUCGCUGCUGUACGUGAGCAAGGCGAUGGAUCUGUUCGAUCUCGGCUGGGCGCACCAAGAGGCCACGAGGGUCAGGCGGCUGGAGAACCAGGCGAAGCUGUCCAGCGUCCGGAGUGGCGCUACCGGACCCCAGAGUGACCCAUCGUGCAGUCUCACGUUGCCGAGCAAGAACUACGAGGAGCAGGUCUCCACUGCGCCCAUGGACGAGGCCGUCGACGCGGGGCACGGUGGACCGCCGCUGGAUCUCGUCAGGGGCUUGGCAGGGCUGAAGGAUCAUCCUGUUCUGGUGAUGGGCGUGGCCAGCGAUAUCCUCUUCCCGGCGUGGCAGCAAAGGGAGAUUGCCGAGACGUUGCGGGCGACGGGGAAUCAGAAGGUGACGCAUUUUGAGCUGGGUGAAGAUAUCAGUCUGUUCGGACAUGACACUUUCCUCUUGGACCUGAAGCAUAUUGGCGGGAAUGUGGGCAGGUUUUUGCAGUAG